AUGAGUCAACCUCGAGUGGCUUAUUUUUAUAAUGCAGAUGUAGGAAAUUUCCAUUACGGUCCUGGACAUCCUAUGAAGCCUCAUAGACUGGCGGUUACUCAUAGCCUCGUUCUUAAUUAUGGUCUCCAUAAGAAAAUGCAAAUAUAUAAACCUUACAGAGCCAAUGCACAUGAUAUGUGUCGGUUUCACAGUGAGGAUUAUAUAGAGUUCCUGCAGAAUGUAACACCACAGAAUAUACAAAGUUAUUCCAAGGAUUUGUUACAUUACAAUGUUGGUGAUGACUGUCCAGUGUUUGAAGGUCUUUUUGAUUUCUGCUCCAUGUAUACUGGAGCAUCUUUGGAAGGUGCAAUGAAACUCAACCAUAAUGUAUGUGAUAUAGCAAUCAAUUGGUCCGGUGGUUUACAUCAUGCAAAGAAAUUUGAGCCUUCUGGAUUCUGCUAUGUUAAUGAUAUAGUAAUAGCAAUAUUAGAAUUACUAAAAUACCACCCUCGAGUGCUUUAUAUUGAUAUUGAUGUUCAUCAUGGAGAUGGUGUCCAAGAAGCAUUCUAUUUGACAGACAGAGUCAUGACAGUUAGCUUUCACAAGUAUGGAAACUACUUUUUCCCCGGUACUGGUGAUAUGUAUGAAAUUGGAGCAGAAAGUGGGAGAUACUUCUCAGUGAAUGUGCCGUUGAAAGAGGGUAUUGAUGACCAAAGUUAUGUUCAGGUUUUCAAACCUGUGAUAUCUAAUGUUAUGGAGUUCUAUCGACCGACUGCAAUUGUAUUGCAAUGUGGAGCAGACUCACUGGCUGGGGACCGGCUGGGUUGUUUUUCACUUUCAACACGAGGACAUGGGGAAUGCGUUAAGUUUGUCAAAAGUUUUAAUGUAGCCACAUUAGUGGUUGGCGGUGGAGGAUAUACAUUGAGAAAUGUAGCAAGGUGUUGGACGUAUGAAACUUCAUUGCUAGUUGAUGAGAACAUAUCUAAUGAACUUCCGUACACAGAGUAUUUGGAAUUCUUCGCCCCCGACUUCCAGUUGCAUCCUGAAAUCAGCAGGCCCGAAAGCACAACGAACGCGAACAGCAAGCAAUAUCUCGAGGCUAUAACCAAACACGUGUACGACAAUCUCAAGAUGUGCCAGCAUUCGCCCGCCGUACAGAUGACGCAUAUACCAGGUGAUUUCUUUCCAGAGGAAGAUAGAAUUAAAGAGGAACCGGAUCCCGAUGUAAGGGUGAGUCAAGAGGAAGCCGAUAAGAUGGUCGAGCCGAAGAACGAGUUCUACGAAGACGAUAAAGAUAAUGAGAAGGAAACGGUAACCGAGAUGAAGGAACCAUAG